UCUUCAUUUCUGGUUGUCUUUGCAUGGAAGACUUGAGAGUCUCCGACUGUCGGUAUGUAUGUUUUUCUUGCUUCCUACCUUCUUAGUUCUUUCCUUUUCAUACCCACCAUCCGGAUUCCAGAGUCCUGCAUCAAUAUAAAAUGGGUAUUCUGUAAAUCUUCCGAGAUCGCAACCUGAGCUACUCCGAUCUGCCUUCAGAACUCUGGGGGCAUACGGGUCUAUUUCCUCUCAUCCCUUUCUUUCCUCGUAUCUUUCUCUUCUAUUCUCUACCACCCUAACCAAGAAGAUUCCCAAAAUCGAAAUGUAAACAAUUAACUUUUAUCCAUCAUGGAUCUGUUUCCGUUCAUCCUUCCUUCCCUUUUUUCCUCUCCCUCCGGUCCCUCGCCACCACACUCAAGGGCGAAAAACACAAGUUUGUAAAAGAUUCAAGAGAGGGGAGAUAAUUAAGCAAAUAUGGCCGACAGUGUUGUCACUUCCCUCUUGCAAAACUUGUUCGAUCUACUCAAAGAAGAAGCAAAUUUCCUUGCUGGAGUGGAGGAUAAGGUCAAGUCACUUCAUGAUGAGCUCAGUUUUAUAGAUAUCUUCCUGGAGGAUUCCGCGGAAAAACGGAAAGAUAAAACUGUAAAUGAGGUAGUCCGGCAAAUCAGGGACGUGGCUUAUGAGGCUGAGGAUAUGAUCGACCGUUUCAUCCACAAUGUCGCAAAACACAGGAGGACGAGCGCGAUAAGGAGGAUGCUUCGUUUACCUUCGACCACAUUGAUGAUUCGAAAUGUUGGAAAGAAGAUAGAAGGCAUCAAAGAGAAAAUCGAAGAAAUCUACAAGAAUGGAGAAAGGUACGGCAUUGAAAGAGUUGAAGCUUCUGGAAAAGCAGUCGAGGAGGAGGCAAUGCACAGACGUAGGAGAGAAGUCGAGGAAGAUGACGUGGUGGGCUUCUUUCAUGACUCGACGACAUUGAUAAAGCAACUUACUGAAGGGGAUCUUAAGCUCGAUGCCAUUUCAAUCAUCGGUAUGGGCGGGCUGGGCAAGACGACUCUUGCCAGGAAAAUAUACAAUAAUCUUCUUGUCAUGAGACACUUUAACUGCCAUGUAUGGGUAUGUGUAUCUCAAGAUUUCAGAAUUAGAGAGCUGUUACUUCAAAUUUUAAAGGAGUUGGGAUUGGGAAUGGGAGUUGAAGACAUGAGUGAGAAAUCUGAGUAUGAGCUAAAAGAGAUACUAUUCAGAAGCUUGCAAGGGAGGAGGUUCCUAGUAGUCAUGGACGACAUAUGGAGAGCUGAAGUUUGGGAUGAGGUAAAAUCUAUGUUUCCUGAUAACUCCAAUGGAAGCAGAAUAUUGAUCACUAGCCGAAAUAAAGAAGUGGCGUUAUAUGCAAGCCAAACUCCUCCUUACUAUCUCCCAUUUCUUAACGAAAAUGAAAGCUGGGAACUCUUCCGUAAGAAGGUGUUCCGAGGAGGAACAUGUCCUCCCGAAUUAGAAACUCUUGGGAGACAAAUUGCAAAAGGUUGUCGAGGCUUACCACUUUCGAUUGUGGUAUUAGCAGGCCGUUUAGCAAAAAUGGAUAAGUCACUGCACAUAUGGUCGAAAGGUGUUGGUGAUGUAACUAGUUUCCUUAAUAGUAACGAGGAUACAACAAUAUGCCAGAAAAUACUAUCCUUAAGCUACACCGAUCUGCCCCGGCACUUGAAACCAUGCUUUUUGUAUUUAGGCAUAUACCCAGAAGACUUUGAGAUCCCGGUAAGUCAAUUGAUUAACCUGUGGAUAGCAGAGGAUUUCAUACAGCGCACUGGCAAUAGAUUACCGGAGGAUGAUGCUGAAAUGUACUUGGAAGAGCUCAUUGAUCGAAGCUUGAUCCAAGUGGCUCGCAGGAGGAGGAUAGAUGGAGGAGUAAAGACAUGCCGUAUCCAUGAUCUUUUGCGAGAAUUCUGCAUAUCGGAGAGUGCGGAAGAGAAGUUUCUUGAGGUUCAUCCAGGUUACGAACAUUUAUCCACGAACAAUUCCCGCAGACUAUCCAUCCAAGGUAACACUCGUCGAUAUUUGUCUUCAAACCUUCAUGUCCCAAAAAAUGUUCGUUCUGUGUUCUUCUUUGAUACUGCUGAUAUAUCGUAUGAUGACUGUGUUACCUGGAAAUGGCUAGAAGAAAACUUCAAAUUACUUCGGGUGAUUGAUUACGCACCAGUUUCAGUCGUGCCCAAAAGCGUAAAAACAUUUAUCCAUUUGAGGUACUUGAGGAUAGAUGGUCAUAAUCUUGUUUUUCCAGAUUCUGUUUGCAACCUUACGAAUCUAGUGACACUUUACGCAAAUGGCGUUGGUGGUUCAAAUAGAUAUUUGCCGAAGGGCAUAUUUAAGCUGCAACGUCUUAGGCAUCUGUAUCUGUCUGAUCAUAGAUGGUCGUUACCCUGGAAUUCAAAGGGAGUUCUAUGGAACCUCCAAGUCCUUUCCAGCUUAGCAAUUAACUAUGAUCCUAAAAAUCAUAGGUUCCUUGUUGUACCGGAAAAGUUUCCUAAUGUUAGGGAGUUGGUAAUGUUCAUUGAUAGACCGUCGACAUUGGAGGCGGAGCAUGAAGAAGGUUCUUUUCCAAGCCUCCACCAUUUAGCUCAUCUUGAAACAUUAGAAAUUCAGAAUUGCGGAAUGCUUGCUGGAUAUUCGAAUUCAAUUCCAUCGACAGUCACUAAGCUAGACUUACAUUCUGUUGAAAGAGUCAAGGCCUGCGUGGCAGAGCUGGGAAAGCUUCCCAACCUUCGGAUACUGAAACUAAGUGGAGAUGAAUCAUAUGAAUAUGUAAGCAUUCACGUCAUUGCACAUUCGUUUCCUCAACUCCAAUUCUUCAAAUUGCGGGGUUUGAGAAUUGAAGAAUGGAAAAAGGAGACAAGUGCAAUGCCAAGGCUUACGCAUUUAGUUUUCAUUCAUUGCCGUACAUUUACUAGCGUACCAGAACUAUUGAGUUCCACCACUUUGCAAUAUGUGAAGGUGGUCAAGAGUCCAAGAUUUGCUAGAAUGCUUCGAAAUAUCCCGGGGGAAGUUGGGUUUGAGCUGAUCAUUGAUGACGGAGGGAUACCGGAUGAUUAUUGAAAACGGAAGUUGGGUUUUAAGCUGCUGAUCAUUGAUUAGAGACUGAGAACUUCAACGGAGAUUGAAGUGGCGUUCCUUUCUAUUGCUCUUUUACGAGGUUGUCCUAUUCUAAUGCUAUUCUGAGUUACAUGCGCAGAUAGCUGCCCCAUGCUCUUUGUUUCCUGGCCGGUUGGUUUCAAGUUUCACUAUCUUUAAAUAUUUGGUUUCAAGUUUCCAGUAAUUUGUACUUAUAAUAUUGAAAACUAUUUUAUUUUCAUUGA